AUGAGCCCACCUAGCCUAUCAGCGGCGGGCGACCUCGACGUCCACGGUGACAUGGCAUCAACGCGUCCACCACCGUCAUCAACGUCGUACCAUACCAACGACGUCGCCUCCACUACCUCCGUCACGCUCACUAAAGAGCAAUUCGACGAGCUGAUCAGGAACCAGCGCCCCGCACGGGACGACGACGCAUUCUCCAUGCGUCAGCGCCUACCCCCAGCCAACCCUCCGGUCUUCCCCGACGACUCGAAACUUACGGAGGACAAUUACGUUGACUGGGUCCCCACGAUGCCGCCAUGCCCGCCCUCUUGGGCUGGAUUCAACGCUCGGACGAAUCGAGCGACGGUCCCCGUUGCGAAGGCGGUCGUACCGACCAAACGCUCUGCACCAGGCAAGAAGGGAAAAUGGGAUCGUUCUGGUCCUGCCCCGAGCAACUGCCCAGCUUGUGGUCAAGGCAAACACUGGCUCGACAAGUGUCCGGAAUCGCGCAAGCGAGCCAAGUACCUCGAGCUCAAGAACGCCAUGAAGGAACUCCAAGGCUCAUCAUCGCCUGCGUCCACGUUCGUGGCCACCGAGGCAGCAUCCAAGGAUCAACACCUGUCCGUCGUUUCUUCUGCUACGUUUGUCAACAUCGGGCCACCGGCGGAAAUCCUUCUGCUAGACUCGGCGUCGGCGUGCCACGUCGUCAACGAUGCGUCCUUCUUUGACGGCCCCCUUUCGCCUACCCCGCAAGUCCUGCAAGGUCUAGGGGGAACGGUGAAGGCCUCGGGAAUCGGCUCGGUCAAGCUCGUCUCCGAUAAUGGUACCAGGUUCACCCUCAACGACGUGAUCUACGCCCCCGAGAGCCCUGCCAAUCUCAUCUCAGUCCGGGCCUUCGACCGCAAAGGCGUUCGCAUCACCUUCGAACACGGACAAGUCGAGCUCCGCACGCCGCAAGGGUGCAUCGCCACAGCAUCAGCCAUCGCGUCCUGCGUUUACAAACUCAACGCUUCGGUCCAAGCUGCCAGCAAAGAUGCGCGACACACCCUCGUUGCCACCAAGUCCAAUAGGCUACCUUUACUUACCCUUCACCGGCGCUACGGCCACGCCUCUGUCCAGACACUUAAAAAACUGGCGGCCUCUGGCCAGGUGGAGGGUUUAGAUUGGCCCUAUAGUGACUUCGAGUGUGAUGGCUUCACCUGCAACGCGUGCCUUGCCUCCAAAGCGCAUCGUUUGCCUUUCCCCUCUUCGUCGUCGCAUGCCGCGGAACCACUCGCAUUGGUGCACUCGGACGUCUUAUCUUUCCCCGAGGAAUCCUUAGGCCAUAAGCGAUACCUCGUCACGUUCAUCGACGACUUCUCGAGGAAGACUUGGGUUUACCCCAUCGGGCACAAGAGCGAGGUCCUUCAGACAUUCAAGGAUUGGCUUCUGGAGAUCGAAAACGCCACGGGUCGCAGGGUCAAAACACUUCGCUCGGACAACGGGGGCGAGUAUGUCUCUACCGCUUUCAACGGCUAUUGCGUGGCCCGCGGAAUUCAUCGCGAAUUGACCAUACCGUACACACCCGAGCAAAACGGUCGGGCUGAGCGAGCCAACCGGUCGAUCGUCGAGGGCACCCUGGCUCUACUGUCUCACUCGGGACUCCCACGAUCGUGCUGGGACGAGGCUGCCAUGUGUUACAUUCACGCCAAGAACCUCUCGCCUCACGCGGCCCUUGGUGGAGCCAUCCCAAACAGUCGUUGGUCGGGCCACACACCAAGCGUAGGGGGUCUUCGGGCAUUCGGUUGUCGCGCUUGGACCACCGUGCCGGCUCACCGACGGGACAAGCUCGACCCAAAAGGGAUUCCUCUGGUCUUCGUCGGGUACGAUCGACACGCGAAAGCCUACCGUCUUCUCGAUCCUUCCUCCAUGCGUGUGAGUCUGGGCCGCAAUGUGACGUUCGUAGAAACCGAGUUCCCCUUCGCUAUCGCGCCCACCCGAGUGACGCAGCCGUCCAUCCCGGGUUACGCCCCCCAGCCCCCACCCGUCGAAGCUCCAACACCCGUCGAGCCUCCCCCACGGCCACCGGCCCCAACGCCUGUCGAGGCACCCGCGUCGCCCGCAUCGACCAGCUCGGCCGACAACGACGACGCCUCAUCGACCACGAGCGCAACGACGGAGUCAGCCGUGAACCUGCCGCAACCACCUCCGGAUCCAGCUCCACUCGCCAAAGUCAAGCCGAGUUGGGAGUACGGCGACGUCGCCAAGGUUGGUCCCGAUCCAGGGAAGUACGGUGAAGUCGACGCUCGAAACAUCAUUGAUGGCCCCCGGACUCGCCGCCAACCCGUUCCCACCAUGAUCACGCGGGAACAGCCAGUCGACGGCACCGACGGACCCACCGCCUCUUUCAAGAGCCUGCUCCUUGCCUUCGCAUCCACCAAGGCCGGCUUCGCAGAUCAUGACUUGUCGGUUGUUCGCGAUCCGGCAAAUUGGGGCGACGUCAUCCGAUCGGGACAAGAGGACGUUUGGGGCGCUCCGGCACAGGAUGAAUUCGAUUCGCUUCUGAACGAUUACGAGGUCUUUCAAAUCGUCGAAUCCUGUGAGCUCCCAGCGGGUGAGAUCCUCCUGCGGUCGGGCUGGGUGUUCCGGACUAAACGCAACCAGCAUGGCGACAUCACCGAUCACAAGGCCCGACUUGUUGCUCACGGAUGUGCCCAACGCCCUGGCCUUGACUUCGAGAAGACCUACGCCCCUGUCGUCAAAUUCACGUCCAUUCGAGCCCUCAUCGCACUCGCCGCGGCCAACGGCUAUCACGUCCAUCAGGCCGACGUCAACAAGGCGUAUUUACACGGCAAACUUGACAAGCCUCUCUACAUGCGCGUCCCUCAGGGCAUAAACCUGCCAGGCAAGAUCCUCAAGCUGUCCAAAUCCAUCUACGGCCUUCGCCAGGCCGGCACCAUCUGGAACGCUGAGAUCGACUCGACUCUGCGGUCCCUCGGAUACGUCCCCACCAGGUCUGACAUCUGUAUCUACCGCCGCGAACACGACGGGCACUCACACUAUAUUGCCUUGUACGUCGACGACUUGCUUUUGGUUGGUCCCUCUACCGCCGAAAUCGAGCGGGUGCUGGACGCGCUGGAACUCGCAUACGGCAUCAAACGUCUCGGACCUGCCGAAUAUAUUCUAGGCAUCCAAGUCAAACGUGGACAAGACGGCUCUAUCACGCUCUCACAAGAGCGCUACCUUCGGGACAUCCUUGCCAGGUUCCAAUUCACCGAUGCCAAGCCGGCAAGUAUUCCAAUGCAGCCAGGUGUCGUCCUUGACUUCGAGGACUUGGCGGCCACUCCUCAGGAUCGUACGCGCUACUUGCAGGCCAUCGGUUCGUUGAUGUACGCCGCAGUUGGAACUCGUCCGGACCUCGCCUUCGUGGUCAGCUACCUCGCUCGCUUCUCCCAGCAGCCUGGCCCGGAGCAUUGGACAGCCAUCAAGCAGGUCCUCCGUUACAUCAAAGGCACGCUGGACUUGGGCCUCACCUAUCGCAAGACCAGCCAACCACUCCAUGGCUACUCGGAUGCGAACUGGGGAGCCUGUCUAACGACCUCACGAUCGACCAUGGGCUACGCGUUCAUCUUGUCCGGAGCCGCUAUUGCUUGGUGCUCCAAACGCGAGCACAGGGUGGCCAAGUCCACUACCGACGCAGAGUACCUCUCUCUUUCGUACACAAGCGGUGAUGCCAUCCACCUGAGCGAACUCCUGGCUGAACUUGGCGCUCCGGUCUCCGGUCCAGUCGUACUCUACGGGGACAACCAAGGUUCGCUGGCUCUUGCGCAGCACCCGACCAACCAUCAGGGGUCUCGUCAUGUUCGCAUCUCGGAACAUUACGUCCGCGAGAGGGUAGCUGAGAAGGAGAUCGAGGUCCGCUACAUCGCCACCGGCGACAUGAUUGCCGAUAUUUUCACCAAAGCCUUGGGUCCCAAGCCGUUCAUCUUCCAUCGGGAGAAUUUGGGUUUGCGAGGUGCAGUGGUAUGACAGCACGGGGGGGGUGUCAAUAUAUUGCUGCUUCAUCCCACUGGUAUUCCCGAUUAUGAUUAGUUACUAGUUGUUGAUAUUAGUCGCCCCGCGCGUCUCGAGCCUGCCUCGCGCGCGCUCCCUUAGCGCUUAUCUUCUUUCUCCAACUAUCUUUACUAUCUUCAUCGGCUCUCGUACUUACGCACUUCGUGCCUCGGCCUCAGUUCCUGAAAUAAAGUAA